AUGCUUUGGUACUUCAUUUUAGUUUUUCUUUUGGCCAAUGUUAAAAGUAAAAUGUCUUUUUGUGGCCCAAACGCACAAUGGUAUAUUCGUUGUUAUAAUCUUUACAAUAAAUACUGUAUGCGAUGCAACUGCAUUUCCGGUUAUGCAGCACUAAGAGGACGUUGCGUUUUAGAGGCGACGGCUCGACAGGAAACAUCUGGGGAACUUCAACGCUAUACGCAUGCAAAUUUCAUAGUGAUAAUGGGACAAAAUUGUGGAAAAAAUAUGGCGCAAUUUAAUAAAAACUGCAAAUGGGGAACAUGGUACAGUUUUUGUUAUUGUGUGAAUGGUUAUCAUCGAUAUGAGGAUGAAUGUAUAAGUGAUACAUAA